UUUCAUAUCCCCUAAACCCUUCUUCUGUCUCUCUAGCAAGGAUGAGCAGUCACCGCAGCAGCGAUUCCUAACAGAGCAGAAAAUGAUUCUUCUUCCUCCAAAUAUCCAUUUUCUGUUUCGUUAGCUUAGCUGCUGAGAAAUCUCCGCAAUAUUCAUUAUUUAAUUCUCUACGUCAUAUUGGUUAUCGGGUAUUCCGUGCUUCGUGGAUUUGUAUUGAACUUCUGCUAAUUUCUGUAGCAGCAGUCUUUUCUAUUUGUGCUGUCAGAGCUGCUGAAUAAACUGCUUAGAAUUUUUGUUUUGAGCCUCUUUCAGUUUCGUGCUGUGGUUUAUUGUUAAACUUGUUUUGCAGUCGUGGCUUUGAAUAUCCGAUAUUAGUGGGGCAGGUUAUAGCUAUGAGCACAUGGCUAUAAUUGAAUCAAUUGGCGAUAUUCCUUUGCAAGACCCAUCUGAAGAGGAGUUUUGUUCUGCGGAUUUGACAUGGACCAAGUUUGGCAAUGCCGAGCACCAUGAUGAUGUUGCUCUUAUUCCGUAUGAACGAGUUGAUUCUUUUAUAAUUGGUGAAUGUUCUAAUGUGCAAUGCCCAACACGGUUUCAUAUUGAGAGAGGAAGAAAACGGUCCAUGGGAAGCUUAAAAGAAUACAAGGACGAUGAGUAUCUGGAAUAUAGGCUGUACUGGUGUUCAUUUGGUCCAGAAAAUUAUGGGGAAGGUGGAGGUAUAUUACCUAGUCGGAGAUAUCGACUCAACACCCGAAAUCGUGCUGCUAGACCUCAAUCAAUGAGGGGUUGUACUUGUCAUUUUGUUAUCAAACGACUUUAUGCCCGUCCAUCACUUGCCCUUAUCAUAUACAAUGAGAGGCGUCACGUUAACAAGUCUGGUUUUGUCUGCCAUGGUCCACUUGACAGAGAUGCCAUAGGACCAGGUGCCAAGAAAAUUCCAUAUAUAUGUAAUGAAAUUCAGCAGCAGACGAUGUCUAUGAUUUAUCUGGGCAUUCCUGAAGAAAAUAUCUUGGAAAAACACAUUGAAGGGAUUGAGCGUUAUUGUGGUCCAAAUGCAAAAGUGAAUAGCCUUGCUUAUCAAUACGUCCACAAACUAGGGAUGAUCAUUAAAAGGUCCACCCAUGAGCUGGAUCUAGAUGAUCAAGCUAGCAUACGCAUGUGGGUUGAGCGGAAUAAAAAGUCCAUAUUUUUUUAUCAGGAUACUUCAGAGUCAGACCCUUUUAUCUUGGGGAUCCAAACAGAAUGGCAGUUGCAACAAAUGAUCCGAUUUGGUCAUCGCAGUCUUGUUGCGGCUGACUCAACCUUUGGCAUAAAGAGACUUAAAUAUCCCUUAUUCUCACUUCUUGUUUUUGAUUCAAGACAACAUGCACUUCCAGUUGCAUGGGUAAUUACACGUAGUUUUGCAAAGCCUGAUGUGUCUAAGUGGCUGAAAGCUUUGAUCAGUCGAGCUCAUAGUGUUGAACCUGGUUGGAAAGUCAGUGGAUUUUUAAUUGAUGACGCAGCAGCUGAAAUUGAUCUUCUGAGAGAUACAUUUUGCUGUCCUAUCCUAUUUUCAUUUUGGCGAGUUCGGAGAUCAUGGCUAAGGAAUAUUGUUAAGAAAUGCAGUAACAUUGAGGUCCAGCGGGAGAUUUUUAAGCGUCUUGGGACUAUAGCAUACAGCAUUUGGCAUGGAGUUGAUGUAUCUGUUGCCUUGGAACAAUUUUUAUUGGAUUUUGUUGACCAAAAGGCCUUCAUGGAAUACUUCAAGGCUUCAUGGGUUCCUAAGCUUGAAAUGUGGCUUUCAACAAUGAGAAAUCUUCCUCUGGCUAGCAAAGAAGCUUCUGGUGCCAUAGAGGCCUAUCAUGUGAAACUGAAAGCCAAACUUUUUGACGAUUCACAUCUUGGAGCGCUGCAAAGAGUUGAUUGGUUAGUGCACAAGUUGACAACUGAGUUGCAUUCAAGCUACUGGCUUGACCGUUAUGCUGAUGAAAGUGAUUCUUUCCAGAACGUAAGGGAGGAAUAUGUUGCUUGUACAUCAUGGCAUCGUGCAUUAAAAAUUCCUGACUCUGCCAUCACCUUGGAUGAUAAAGACCGUCUCUUUGCAAAAGUUGUAAGCCAGAAAGACAGCAGUAUAACACAUUUAGUAUGGAAUCCAGGAUCAGAAUUUGCAUUCUGUGAUUGCUCUUGGUCAAUGCAAGGCAAUCUUUGCAAGCAUGUCAUCAAGGUGAACAUGAUUUGUGAAAAUCUUCAAGGUUAUCAACCCUCCAUGUCUUUUCAGUCUUUUAAAGAGGUUUUGAUGGAUCUGUGGGCAAAACCAACAGAUGAUUCAGUUGCCUUGGAUUUGUCAGUGGCUUGGACCCAUCAGAUGCUAGAUCAAAUUCAAAAACUUGUUGAACUGAAUAACUCUAGUGAUAUUAGCUCUGUUGUUAACAAUAUGCCUUUGAAAUGGGUUGCCAGGAGGUUAAGGACCCACAUUGGCAGACGAUCAACAACGUUAGCUCUUCCUCCUGGUAACAGUAAAGCAAAAGGUGGCGUUGUGCAAAAGAAGAGGCGGAAGAGAAGAAGAUUGUCACGAUUAAGAUGACUUCUUUGGUUGGUUGAUAUUGAGUUUGUUCUGGGAUGUUUUGGACUGAUGGUUGGUGGAUUCCUCUUAAAAAGUUUAUAUACUUGUCCCUCUUCACAUCAACUUGAAGCAUCCAUUGGAUACAAGUAUAUACCCGGUGAUUAUGCUUGAUGAGCCUUCAGGCGGACUUUCAAGUGAUCGCCUAAGAUAAAGUAUCUGUCAACAUAUAUUGAAAAUUGGAAAGAAUUUUGUUAGUUUGAUAAUUUUCUGCCCCAUUUUUUAUACAGCUAAGUGGCAAAUAGCAGAUUCUUUAAUUUCUCCACCAUGCCAAAUCCUCUCUCCUGAACUUUGAAGUUUGUUGGAGUGCAUAGUCAACUCUCAAUGAGUAAGAAAGAGAAUGGUAAGUGAAGGAUACCAACCCUGGAUUUUGGCUGCUGUACACUGAGAUAACUGUAGCAGCUUCAAAGCCUCGAUUCAGAAUGAAG